AUGAGCAUUUCCGGCCUGCCGACCAACGCGGUGCUGACGCUGCCCACCCAGCUGUUUUUGGCCCAGCACUACGCGCAGAAACCCACCAAGGUGCUCAAGCCGUUUCUGACGGGCGACAUCAAGAUCUUGUUGUUGGAAAACGUCAACCAGACCGCCAUCAACAUCUUCCAAAACCAGGGUUACCAAGUUGAAUUCUACAAGUCGUCGCUCCCUGAAGACGAGUUGAUCGAAAAGAUUAAGGAUGUCCACGCCAUCGGUAUCCGUUCCAAGACUAAGUUGACCGAAAAGGUGUUGAGCCACGCCAAGAACUUGGUCACCAUUGGUUGCUUCUGCAUUGGUACCAACCAAGUCGACCUUGACUACGCCGCCAAGGCCGGGGUGUGUGUGUUCAACUCUCCCUUCUCCAACUCGCGGCUGGUGGCUGAACUUGUCAUCGCUGAAAUCAUCACUUUGGCCCGUCAAUUGGGUGACCGUCUGAUUGAAAUGCACACUGGUACCUGGAACAAGGUCCUGGCCAAGUGCUGGGAAAUCAGAGGCAAGACUUUGGGGAUUAUCGGUUACGGCCACAUCGGGCUGCAAUUGCUGGUUCUCGCUGAGCUGAUGGGGAUGAACGUCAUCUACUACGAUAUCGUCAUGAUCAUGGCCUUGGGUAACUCGAAGCAAGUGGAGACUUUGGACGAGUUGUUGACUAGAGCUGACUUCGUGUCAUGCCACGUUCCCGAGACUCUGGAAACCAAGAAGCUUUUGAGCGCUCCUCAAUUUGCCGCCAUGAAGGACGGUGCUUACGUGAUCAACGCCCUGAGAGGUACUGUGGUCGACAUCCCCGCCUUGGUGCAAGCGAUGAAGGCGGGCAAGAUUGCCGGUGCUGCCUUGGACGUGUACCCCAACGAGCCCGCCAAGAACGGUGCCGACUUGUUCACCGACUCGUUGAACGACUGGGCGCUGGAAUUGACGUCGUUGCGUAACGUUAUCCUCACCCCUCACAUCGGUGGUUCCACCGAAGAAGCCCAGCUGGCGAUCGGUAUCGAAGUCGCCACCGCCUUGACCAAGUACAUCAACGAAGGGCUGCUGAACGGUGCCGUCAACUUCCCCGAAGUGCUGUUGCGGGCGCUCGACCUCGACCAGCAGAACACGGUGCGGGUGUUGUACAUUCACCAGAACGUCCCCGGUGUGUUGAAGACGGUGAACAACAUCUUGUCCAACCACAACAUCGAAAAGCAGUUCUCGGACUCGCAAGGCGACGUCGCCUACUUGAUGGCCGACAUCUCCGACGUCGACCACGCCGACAUCAAGCUGUUGUACGAGCAAUUGGAACAAACGCCGUACCGCAUCGCCACCCGCCUUCUUUACUGA